UGGACUUGUAAAAUUCUAAUCAAUACUAUCUUUACUGUCAAAACUUGGUUGUAAAACUACCUACCUAUAUACUCGUAACAAACAAAACAAUGUUUACGUAUCUAAAUGAGCUCUUCGUUAUCUAAUAUCAUACAAUCUAUGCAGGUUUGAAAUCUACAAAGUUUAUUUAUCAGUAUCAAUUUUAAUUCAGUGUGAGGCACUACUGUCGCUUUGUGCGUGGUGUGAAACUCGUCGAGUACCGGUUUUGUAGACACAAUUAUAGAACAAUAGGUUGCGGUCACCGGUGACCGCUUGGUGUUUGACAGUUUAAUUUAUUUCGAAAUGAUAAAAUCAUUGGCAUCGUUUGUAAAGUUAGUAAACAAAAAUAAUGUGUUUUUGGAACAAGUUAGAUAUGCGUCACAAGCACUGCCACAGUUAUCUUCGGAAAAAUACAAAAUUCAUAGAAAAGACUUCAAUAGAAUCGAGUCAUCAGACGUAGAUUACUUCCGAUCCGUACUUGGCCAAGAUCGAGUGCUGACUGAAGAAAGUGAUGUUUUGCCUUACAAUGUAGAUUGGAUUAAAAAUUGCAGAGGUCAAUCAAAAGCUGUCCUAAAACCUAAAAGUACAGAAGAGGUUUCAACGAUACUUAAGUAUUGCAACGAGAGAAAACUGGCAGUAUGCCCGCAGGGUGGCAACACUGGGGUCGUUGGUGGAUCUGUGCCCGUAUUCGACGAAAUUGUGAUAAGUUUUUCAUUGAUGAACAAAAUCAUCGACCUCGAUGAUCUUUCAGGAGCCUUAGUCUGUGAAGCUGGUUGUGUUCUUGAGAAUUUAGACAACUAUGUUCGCGAACGAGGUCUUAUAAUGCCUUUGGAUUUAGGCGCUAAAGGGACAUGCCACAUCGGUGGGAAUGCCAGCACCAAUGCAGGUGGAUUGAGGUUACUGCGAUAUGGUAACCUGCAUGGAUCCAUUUUGGGUGUGGAAGCUGUAAAAGCUGACGGCACAGUCAUAGAUUGUCUCAGAUCUCUAAAGAAAGAUAACACUGGAUAUCAUUUGAAACAUCUCUUCAUAGGGUCUGAAGGUACCCUAGGGCUGGUUACCAAAGUUGCUAUACACUGCCCUGUGCUUCCUAAGUCUGUUAAUUUGGGUUUCUUUGGUGUGAAAAACGUCGAGAAUGUGCUAAAAUUAUACAAGAGCGCCAAAUCUAAGUUGGGUGAAAUUAUAUCGGCUUUUGAAAUGGCCGAUUUUGACUCGAUAAACUUCACUGCUAAAAAUCUUAAGCUACCAAACCCUAUCUCAGAUUAUCCAUUUUAUGUAUUGGUAGAAACACAUGGAAGCGAAGAAACUCAUGACGGUGAGAAGUUGACGAGGUUCCUAACAAAUGAAAUGGAGUCAGGGCUUAUUUUGGACGGAACAGUCACAUCGGAGCCCGCUAAGAUGCAGACAAUCUGGAACCUACGUGAAAGCAUCGCAGCAGCGGGGUUAGUAGGUGGUUAUGUAUUAACAUAUGAUGUAUCUAUACCGUUGAAGAAUUAUUACGAUCUGGUGCCCAUAUUGAAAAAGAGACUUGGAGAUAAGGCCACAAAAGUUUUCGGCUUCGGACAUGUUGGUGAUGGAAAUAUACACAUCUUUGUAAUUGUACCACAAUAUACCAAAGAAGUGUCAUCUAUGCUAGAGCCCUUCAUCUUUGAAGAGGUGAGCAAACUGAACGGCUCCAUCAGUGCAGAACACGGCAUCGGCUUCAGAAAACCCAAGUACAUACAUUACAGCAAGGACCAAUCCGCGUUAGGACUAAUGAAGGACCUGAAACAGCUGAUGGACCCUAAUGGAAUACUUAACCCUUACAAGGUCUUGCCUGAUCAUAUUUAGUUUAGAAUGUCAUUCAAAAGCAUAUUUUAAGUACAUUACAAUAAUAAAGAUAACAGGGUUGCGUAUUAUGCCAUUACACAUAAGUGCAAGUCGCGCUGAUAACGACAUACCUAAAGAUACGAAUAAAACAAAACAAAUAUUA